AUGAACGUUGCUGAAAUAGGUGAACUAAAAAAGUAAUUUAAUUUAAGUAUUAUAUUAGAUAAUUGACUAAAGCAUUAACAGAAAAUGCUCAUUUGAUGUAGAAAAAUUAAUUAUUAGAAUUAAAGUUAAAAGAAACAGAAGAACGUAAUUGUAAUAUAUAAAAAAUGAAUGGAACUAUUAUGCAUGUGUUAAAUGAUUUAAAUGUAUAAAAUAAUAGACCAUCUACAGAGAUUCUAAAAUAAUAGGAUUAAUUCAAUAUGAAAUUGAUGUAAUAUUAAAAGAGAAUUGAGUCCUAUGAAACUUAAAUAAAGAAUUUAUAAACUCAAUUAUAAGAAGCACUAAUAUCAAAAAAUGAAUAAACCUAAAGAAUAACAUAAUUAUAAGAGCAUGAUUCUUAAUUACUUAAAUAAAUAGGAGCACUAGAAUCAUCUGUUAAAACAUUGACUGGACAAUUGUAAUUGUAAAGUAAACAAACUUAAGAAUUCUCUUAAUAAUUAGAAGAUCUUGAAUUUGAAAGUUAGAAAUUCAAAUUUUCAUAGAGUGUAAAAAUUGAAGAAUUAAAUGAAGAGAACAUGAAAUUAAAAGAAGAAUUGAAAUCUCUUAUGGGAUAAUAUUUAAGAAAAACUUCCUCUUCAAUGUAAACUAGUGUACCAGCUUCACCUUAAAAUAUUAGAUUAUAACCUUAACAUCCAUAAACUAGUACAACUCCAAUUAUUAAGAAGUAGACACCUAAAAAAAGAACUACAACAAUUACUUAAUGGAAAAAAUGA